AUGCCAGACGGAGUUUGUACCUUCACAGAAGGUGGGAAACCAGGAGAAUGUACACAAUCCGCUGGUACCCUUACCAAUGCCGAGAUCAACCGCAUCAUUGCCAGAGGGGGUGUGAGCAGGGGCUUUGAUCGCAACGCAGCAGUAAAAUGGAUAUCAUGGGAUUCCAAUCAAUGGGUCAGCUAUGAUGAUGGCGAAACUAUGCAGUUGAAAGUGGCUUAUGCGAACAGUCGCUGUCUCGGUGGUACGAUGAUUUGGGCUGUAGAUCAGGACAAUGCACAAAGCUCGAGCACCAACGAUCUUCUGGGCAUUGGCCCAGCCAGUGGGGUUUCAAAAGACGAAGCCUCAAACAUUAAAAAGCAGCUGAACAACGUGACACAAGCAGCCGCUGUCGGAAAUUCUUGUUAUUGGAGUUUCUGUGGAUCAUCUUGUAAGCCAGGCUGGUUCGCGACUACCAAUGCCCAAGGGCAGGUUGCAGGCACGCUAAGAGAUACUGAGUGUCCUGAGGACGCGGAACAGACGCUAUGUUGUGCGCCCGGGACAGUCAUGGGAACCUGCAAGUGGGAGGGUUGGCGAGGAGUUGGCCUUUCCUGUGCCCCCGCGUGCAGCGACUCUUCUGCCGUCAUAGUCGCCCGAAACUCGAACUACGGAGACCGUCACUGUAACGGCGGAUAUCAAGCUUACUGUUGCUCUGGUUUUAUUCCAUCAUCGUCUACAAGCACCAGCACGCUCAAUCUGAUCGGUCAGGGAGGUCUUGCAAAGCGUGAUGACAGAAAAAACAUCGCAACGGGUGUCAUGGUCUGUAUCUCCGCAAUGGCGAUGAUUCAAGUACUUGCUGCCGCUUUCACUAUUGGCUUGUCUCUCAUCGCAACACCAGCAGGCUAUGCCGCCUGUGCUGGAGUAGGUGCUGUUAUAGGCUACGCUUCGCCCCGCAUCACCAGCCCUUUACAAGCAUGGCACAAUAUCAUAAACGCAAGACCACGCAACACUGGAUCCCCAGAUCCCGACGGGAAGAAGUACGGUCAAUGGGAUAAGCUCAUCUUCACCGCACCUCCUGCUCAGCCAGGAACCGCCUCCACAACUUGUGACUGUUAUGUCACAUAUACCUGCAGGUACGGCAAGGGUUGGGAUGAGAUAUGUGACAAUCAAAGAUGGGCCAUUGACAAAGGGUUGAACGGUGCCUCUGUCUACCAUUAUGGCGAAAGAGCUAAGGGUAAAGGGUUCAAACAGAAGAGAUACGGGAGAUACCGAGCUACUGAGUUCCGGUCGCUUGGCGGGUACAGUAUUCCGGAUAAACGCUAUCGUUGCGAAGCUGAUGAGUUUCCUAUGGGGGCUUUGACAGAGGCAUGGGCUUAUCAACCUCAAAUGGUACGAUGGGUCAAUGGUGAAGCCAAUGGUGCUCAAGGUCGAGACUUCUCGGCCUGGAGGCAAGCUGUGUGGGUACCCUGCAGUAGCUUCAGACAAGACGUCUGUGGCAGUGCAAAACCGGAUCCACCCAUCACCUGGAAAUUUGAUGGCAUGGACUCUGGGCGACGCAAUGCUAGGGCGGAUGGAUCCCACUUCAUUAAGAAAUAUGGUUUCGACUCCCAGACCCCUGGCUCCGAAUGCUGGGCGACAUUUACCUAUCUAGCGCAGAAGUCGAUAGGCGGGCCACUUGUGGUUACUCGUACCGUGUCGGAUCAUGGUUUUCGUGCUUUACCAGAUGAUCCGCUUUACACCAUCUACAAUUGGGAUGACGACAACGUCUAUCACAAGCCACCAGAGAAACCCUAUCCAACCGACGUAGCCAGCGUGAAAUGGCUCAAACGCAAGGCAGUGGAAUCAGCACUACUCAAUAGAGAGCCUGUAGAGUAUGAGGUGCCUCUACUUUGCGGCGAGCAUGAGUCUAUGGCGGAGUUCGAAGGUGAAUUAUGGUGUAUGUCAGAAGAUCCCAUAUUUGAGAGUGUAACGCAGGAUACGCUUGCUGUGGUGACGUCUACAGCUACCCUGCUUGCUAGUCCUACAUACAUGGAACACACAAAAGCGAAGGCCAAGGCGGGACCUAUUGAGACUGCAACAAAGGAAGGAGCAGAUGCGGUGAGGAAGUAUCUGUAUGGAAUGUAA